CAGGGAGAGCGGGGGAAGCCGCCUAGAAGGUGACCUGAAAAUCAAGAGUCUGGACUCGCCAUUUGAUGAUGUGUUUUCCCUCAGACGUGCCGCUGCGGGGCUCCUGUCGCUAAAGGACGGAGCCCAGCCAAUGCCGAGCGCCUCCAAAGGGCGCACCAGCGCGCUGACCCCUUCAGGUUGCAGGGGGUGAGACUUGGGCUCAGCCUGAUCCCUGGCGCAACCGCCGUUUGGUGCUCCCCUGGAUCAAACAGUCGGGGUCAGCUCGGCACAUAUGGGGUGCGGCCUGUGAUCCUAGCGCUACGCUGCUCUGGUUUGAGAGGUGGCCUCUGUUUCUGUGCUGCCUGCUCCUGUUUAGUUGCCAGCAUGUGGUGGUGUUGCUGGAGCCUAAUGCAUCAUACAUACAGCCCAAUCAUAGGAAGUGAUAUUAUGGCACAGGCUCAAGGCUUGGGGAAGAGAUAUCUUAAAGCCUUUUUUAAAGGCUUCUUUGUUGCUGUUCCCGUGACAGUGACUUUUCUAGACAGAGUGGCCUGUGUAGCAAGAGUGGAAGGAGCAUCAAUGCAGCCUUCCUUGAAUCCAGGGGGAAGACAAGUAUCUGAUGUAGUGCUCUUAAACCAUUGGAGUAUUAGGAACUAUGAAGUGCAACGUGGAGACAUUGUGUCAUUAGUGAACAAAUUAUUGGCAUUUUAAGACAGAACAAUAAUUUUGAUGUUGCAAAAACUCGGACAGCUAUAAUGAGAGAAGUGUGGUAGUGCCAUGCAAACAAAAAGUAUAUUGCCAGCAAGCAAAAGGUAAUAGCAUCCUGUAUGCCCAGAAGGCCUUCUGUGAUAUUUGUGUCUGCUUAUGAUCCACUUUACCCUCAGAACAGUCUAUUUUUAAAUUGGUGCUGGGUCUGACUUUAUUAAAGAAAUGUUGUUGAAACAUAUUUAAAUGUAUGAUUGUGUAUGCUGUAGUCUUCGGUGCUUUAGGACACUGGCACCUAAUUUUUUUUCCCUACUGCAGAUUUUUGUUAGUUUGCAGUUUUCCUGAAUUCAAAGACUUAUCUGAUUAAUAUUAAAAUUAGGGUUACCAUAUUUGAAUUUUCAAAAAAGAGGACACCCUUGAGAGGGAGUGUAUAUGUAUCAGUGUCUACCAGUUCAUGUUCAAAUCAUAGUUUCAUCAUUUUAACUGUUCAGUGGUCAGAUAAUCCCAGAAUUUCUGAAUAAAAAUAGGAAGAGCUACAUAUAACCAGAAAAUCAAAUCGUUUAAUUUGUUGAAACUAUAUUUUUGUGUUCACCCUUACUAGCAAUAUGAUUUUUAUAAUAUUUAGUAAAUGUAGAUUACAUGUAGAAAACUAUCACCUCACAGGCAUAAUAUGCAGACACUUGAGAAAGAAAGAGCUUAAGAAUUGUUGGUCACAGUAUAUGUGUAUUUAUUGUAACAAGUAAAAGUAAACGUUCUAUAAAUCUAGAAAGUUAUAAGCAUAAUAAUUUUUAUAGUCCUCUUAUGGCUUUCAAGCUCUGUAUUAUUGCAUGAUUUUUUAUUGUUGUAUUGAUUAACUGUAUGCCAGAAUUUUUAAUAAAUAGACAUUACCACCUUAAAUCUCAUUCUUUGGACAAGGAGGUGAUACAGAAAAUUCAAAAUUUGAGGACACUUCCAGGAGAAAAGGACAAGAUUGCCAGAAGAGCAGGGUGAUCCAUGGAUGAACGUGGCCAUGAGAACAAGGCAGAAGAAGAAAUUAGCUAGUGCUAAUUGAGGUCAUGAAAUUGAGUUCAGUAACAUAUUUGCUACACUGGGAAAUGUGAAGGCGAUACUGGCAGAAGAUGGAGUGAUGAGAGAGAAAAAUAGGCACACUAGUCCUUGCAGAAGAGAAGAUGAGUUGAUGGAGGUAGCUGGAAACCAGAGGCUACAGAAAAAUGAGAGACUGAACAGGGCACUGUGAGAGAGAACAUAUCACAGAUUCAUUCUAACAUCAAGAAGAAACAUAUCUAUGUGACUUGAGUCUCUGUGCUCAGAAGAAUAGACAGGACUGUCACCAGAUCCAGAGAAGAAAAGUGUGUGCUGUUUUCUAGGAGCAGAGAUGAACCAACAUGUGUUGAAGUCAGAUAUGGUAAUGAUGUGUAUUAAGGAUCUCAUAGAAGAAUUGGUUUUAGGAGGCAAAUUUGGUUCAAGUAAUCAUGAGCUAAUUCCAUUCAAACUAAAUUGAAGAAUAAAAAAAAAAUCUGCAACUUCAGUAACUGAUUUUAGAAGGAUAAACUUAAAAACAUUAAGGGAAUUAAUUAAUUAAGUGGACUGGAAUGAAGAAACUCAAGAUCUGAAUGUGGAGGAGGCCUGGAAUGACUUUGUCAAAGUUGCAAAACUCUCUGAAGCCUGCAUCCCAAGCAAGGGGCAAAAAUUCAUAGGGAAGGGUUGCAGACCAAGCUGGAUGAGCAAGUGCAGGGCAUCCCUGAUAUACGUCCAAGAUACAUUCAAACAACAUGGAUGUAUAGUAUAAGGAUGUAAAGUGGGGGAUUUUUUCCAGUGGGUAACUUCCUCUUGUGUGAAUUGGUCUUUUAUUAAUUUUUCUUGUUGUUUUUGUUUUUGCCUGACAGAACAGCGGGGAAGGGGAGGACUUAGAACAGUUCCCACAACUGUCAACGAUGCUACUGUGGAAUCAUUGUAUACUGGGGCAAAUUAUAGUAAGGAUGCCCUGUAUCUCAAAUAGAUAACUAAGAGAAAGCAGAAAGCCUAAAAGGAAUGGAUGAUGGGAUGCAUCAGCCAGGAAAGUUAUCUCUUAGAGGUCAAAAAAGAAAACAAGCAAAGAGGAAAUGGGACCAUUAAGCACUGAGGAUGAGAUGGAGAUUAAAGAUAAUUCUAGGCAUGGCCUAACAGCUAAACAAAUACUUGGCUUCUGUUUUAAUAAGGGUAAUGAUAAGUUUAGGAGUAAUAGUUGGAUAGUUAAUGGUAAUGAGGAAUUGAAAGUAGAAAUUACCACAUCCAUGUGGAAGUCAAACUCAUACAUCUUAAUGGUAUUAAAAUCAGUGGGGCCAGAUAGUCUCUAUCCAGCAAUAUUAAAGGAACUGGCAUAUGAAAUUGCAAGUCCAAUAACAGUGAUUUUUAAUGAAUCUGUAAAAUCAGCUGGCACACACUGAGUGGAGAAUUGCUAAUAUAGUACCUAUUUUUAAGAAAGGUAAAAAAAAAAUGUAAUCUAGAAAACUACAGGCCUGCUAAUUUUACCUCAAUUAUAUGCAAUGCCUUGGAACAAAUUUUGAAAGAGAAACUAAUUAAGGACAUAGAGGUAAAUGGUAGUAGGGAUAAAAUACAGUAUGGUUUUACAAAAGGUAGAUUGUGCUAAAAACCCUAAUCUCUGUCUUUGAGAAGAUCACUGAUUUUUUAGACAAAGGAAAUGCAGUAGAUCUAAUCUAACUGGAUAUUAGUAAAGCAUUUGUUACAGUUCAUUAGUUAACUUAGAGAAGAUGGGAAUUGACAGGAGAAUUGAAAGGUGUGCAGGGAACAGGUUAAAAAGAAAUGUUGUACUGAAAGAUAAACUGUCAGGCUGGAGUGAGAUUACUGAUAGUCCUCAGAGUUUGGUCUUGAGGCCAAUUUUAUUUAAAAUUUUUAUUAAUGACCUUCCCACAAAAUGUGUGUGCUAAUAAAAUUUGCCAAUGACGCAAAGUGGAGAGAUAUUGCCACAAUAAAGGAUGACUAGAAUAUUAUACACAAAGAUAUGAAUAACCUUGAAAACUGGAGUAAUAGAAGUUGGAUGAAAUUUAAUAGUGCAGAGUGCAAAGUUAUGUAGUUGGGAACUGACAAUAAGAAUUUUGCUAUAAACUAGGUACUUAUCAGUUGGAAGCAACAGAGGAGGAGAAAGACUUGAGUAUUUUUGUUGAUCAGAGGAUGGUUUCGUUGCCAGUGUAAUAUGGCCAUGCGAAAGGCUAAUGCAUUCCUACACAGCAUCAGACAACAUAUUUCUAGUAUAGAAAGGGAAGUAUUAGUAUCAUUAUAUAAAGUGUGAUCUCAUCUGGAAUACUGUGUGUGGUUCUAGUCUCCCAUGUUUAAGAUAGAUUAAUUCAGACUAGAACAGGAGUAGAGAGGUCAUUACAGAAGUGGGUGGGUGAGGGCCUCUAUCUUACAGUGUGCAAAAGGUCAGACUAGAGAAUCACAAAUGGUCUCUUCUUACCUUCAAGUCUGAGGUGGGAAAUAACUACUGCUGAAAAGGAACAACUAAUUGUGCUGCAUAUUGAGAUGAAUGACACUGCUACAUUGCCACGGGAAUGGAUCAAAGAUGACUGCACUUUCCUUGGUAAGAUGCUUAAAGAAGUGAAUAUUUCUAAUCACUGGAGAAGAAGGGUGAAGAUUUAAAAAAAAAAAAAAAACCCAGGUACCUCAAGAAUUGGUGCUAUAGGGCUGGUUUUAGAAUGACUGACCAAUGGGAUUCAUUGGCUGGAAGAAGACUCUUCUUGACUGGUGGAUUCCAUGCGAGCACUAGGGUAUUAACCCUCUGAGAUCUGAGGCUGGAAUAAUUGGUAAGUGCUUUAAACUAAGAGUUAAGGGAGAAGGUUGGAUGACACUUAUGAAAUCUCCAUGCCUGGUUUCAAUACACGGAAGGGGGAAAAUCAGCAAAAUAUAAGGAUACUAAGUUUUAUAAUGGACUGACACAAAAUAAGGGAAUCGACAGUAAGGAGGAAAAAAUAGACAUUGAUUGGAGUGGGUAGGUGCUACAGGAAAGGAAAGGGCUAUAUUUAAUCAGGUUAGAAAACUGGGUGAGGUCCGAGGAAAACAACUGAAAUGUUUGUACAUGAAUGCAAGAAAUCUGGUCAGUAAAAUGGAGGAACUAAAAUUAUUGGUAUAGGAAAUUAUAUGUAUUAUAUAAACACGACAGAAUAACACUUAUGACUGCGAUACAGAUAAUGAAGGGUACAUGCUUACGAGAGGUAGGAAUGAAGGUAAAAGUGGUGGGAUACUGCUAUAUAUCAAUGAAGUAACUUAUAAAGAAAUAAGAAGUAAUAGAAUGGACAAAAUAGAAUCUAUUUGGGUCAAAAUUACUUUUGGACACAGACUAUAAAAGAAACUUUAUUAGAAAUUUGAUACAGACUGUCAACAUUUGAAAUAUCUUUUAAUAUUAUUAGAGAGAAAAGUAUUAUUAGGACUUGUGUCAUAAUGCGAUAUUUUCCCAGAUAAGAGAGGAAAAUAUGUGCUACUAAUACUUGUAGAGCACCAUUAUUUCUGGGUAUGAUAGAAGACAUUUUUCUUCACAUUGCAUUAGACCAAAAAAGGGGUGAUGCAAUUUUAGAAUUGCAUUUUGGUAAGUAGUGAGAAACAUUAUAUAUAAACUGGAAUUAGGAAAUAGCCAUAGAUUGAGUGAUCGUAAAUGGAUUUUUUAAAUGAAUUGGAAGGUAAUCAAAAUCAGGUUAUCAACUGUGGUUUUUAUUUCAAAAUGGCAGUCUUGGGGAAGUUAAGGGAAUUAGUUAAAAAAAUCAUCUGGUCUGAAGACCUUACGGACUUUGAUUGGCAUUUCUUCAAAUCCACUAUAUAAAUACCACUGAAGUUUGCAGCCCAAAUAGAGGGAAAAACAUACAGGGAAAGUUUCCAGAUCCAGUUAAAUGAAUAACCAUCUCAAAAAGUUUAUUUGGAGUAAAUAGAGAGUCUAUGGGGAAUGGAAAAAAGAACUGGUCAGCAAAGAAGGCUACAUCAUGGAGGUUAGAACAUGUAAUAGUAAAGUGACAAUUAUAAAAGUUACGCUGAAUUAGCUCUUUCCAAGCAAAUGAAAACACAUUAUAAAAAGGUUUUUUAGUUAUAUAAAUAAAAAGAUAAUAGAGAGUGAUGAAUUUGGAUCCCAUGUAGAUGGGAAAGAGAGUAGAGAUAAUCUAGAUAUGACCUAAAACCUACAUGAAUAAUUUGCCAUGGUUUGCAAUAAGAAUAUGGAAUGUGCACACGAAGGUAGUAGAGCUGAUGGAAAUAAAUAAGUGGAAAUUACCACACUGAGGUGAAAGAAAUCUUAGAGAUUACUGUGCUCAAAUCAGGAGACCAGAUAAUUUCCAUGCCAGAAUACUGACGGGUAAAAUAGCUAGUCUGGUGGUACAUUUUUUUUAAAUAAAUCUGUUUAUUUUGUGGUAAUACCCUGUGUGUGGAGAAUAGCUAAUACUGUACCUUGAUUUAACAAAUGCAGGGAAGGAGGGACUGGUCUGGGCAAUUAUAUACCUAUUUGUGUGACUUUAGCAGCAUGGAAAGCUUUAGAAUAAAUUGUGAAUGAUAUGUGUGGUAAAGGAAUGUAAUACU